UGUCAGAAGCUAAAGCUUGAAUAGAAUAACUUGUACAUGUAAAAUCAUUCCGGAAGAGGAAAUUGCAAAUUCGUUUUGCGUUUUGAACAUUUGUAUAUAUGUAUACCUAUACAGCGCUCGUAGGAAACGUAUUCAUUAUAGAACAUUAAUGUUGUAACUUUGAUUUAAUAUGGUGAUAAUGAAAGUGAUAACAUUCGUUCUUUACAAAUUGUUGUUUCACUGUCCCUUUGUUUCUUGAAACAUAAUGAAGAUAAAAGCCUUAUGAAAGCUGCGAUUACAUAAUAAUUUAAAGAAACCGCGAGGAAUGCACAUCAAUGAUCAUUGACAUUAAUUAAUUAAAACUGAAGGUUAGAAUGUUUUAAAAAAUCAAGCUCAGUUUAAUUUAGACUACAGUACACGUGGUUAUUUAGAAAUACCUGAGUAAUAUUUUCUGCCUUCGAUUUUGCCUUGUUUUCAACACAGUAGUAUGUAGUAUUAGUAUUAGUGAAAUAAAUUCUGAUUCCAACGUGUUUCAAAUGGAAUGAAUUUUUGUAAGAGUUCAAGUUAUUAUAGAAUCACUUGUAAUAUGAGAAAAUGUUUUGAAUUCUUGGACCUGAACAGUUUCGUCCUAUUAACGGAAUGUGAUACUGUUAAACAAUGGAACACAAAUAUAUUACUAAAUGCACAACAGUCAUUGAUGUGCCUUUUACCUGAUAUUGAUAUUGUUAUGCAAGCUUGUUUCCUUUUUUUAUACUCAUGUAAUUUUGAAAAGGAACAACACUUUCACAAUUUUGCUUUUCUUAAGACGCAUUUCUAACCGUCCUCGAGAGCGAAAAUGUGCUCAACGACAUACCAUUAUACAAUGGUUCUUCUGUUAUUUACCUGCAUUUUUGUGAUUGAACUUGGCAUGGUCUCAACAUCUACGGCCAUAAAUUGGAUUAAACUUCGAGGACACUAUGUUGAAGACAUAUGCCCAGCGGAAGAUAUUCGGUUUGUGAAAGACUCGGUUGUUGCCGCAGUAACAUGCGGUAGAAUUUGUUAUGAGGACGAAGAAUGUAAAGCUGUUACGUAUCAAGUGGAUGAUCAUAAGUGCACUGGUUGUCGGGAGUUUCUGAAAUCGUUACCAACGGUAAACUCAGCUGGAUUGCUAAAAUAUUCAAAAAAAGUUUUAGUAUGUCACGAUUGGACUGAAGAAGACGACAAGGCAAUCAUAGCAAUGGGGGGAGCAAGUCGCAUGCCAAUGUAUGAACAAACAUAUUGCGAAAAUUGCUUAGGCUAUACGUGGACAGAAGAGUAUGAUCCAAAAUAUCCAGAAUGUGGGGUAUGCAGGUGUUGUAAACCAAAGAGGUAUUUUUCAUUUUUCAGUCAUUGAUAUAUAAUUUUAUUUUCAUGUAGGAUUUUCCUUUUGCCUUCCACAUAAAUGUACAGUUUACAACUAUUCCGUAUAAGAUAUACAUGUAGCAUUUAACAUUUUUCUGAAAAAAUAUAUGUGUAGC